AUACACACUCCCAAAAAGAAAAAAGGGGAAAAUAAUAGUAUAUCUUGCUCCCAAAGUCCACCUCCUCAACUUGGGAUAUUUCGCUGUCUAUUCAGGUUUUCCACAGAUGCAGGGCAGUUCAAGUUGAUUGUGGAGCUUUAAUCCACUGCUUAAGAUUUUUUUGAUGCGGACUAUUUUUAAAGUCUUUAUUGAAUUUGUUACGAUAUUGCUUCUGUUUUAUGUUUUGUUUUUUUGGCCAUGAGGCAUGUGGGAUCUUAGCUCCCCAACCAGGGAUCAAACCCACACCCCCUGCAUUGGAAGGCAAAGUCUUAACCACUGCACUGCCAGUGAAGUUCCCCCAGAGUUCUUAUGACUAAUGUUUUUCCAAUAUUUCUUAUAUUGAACAUAGCUGGUGCUUUUACAUCAUACCCAUCUUUCUUAGAAAACAGAUCAACCACUUUCUUCUUGGUUCCCUUUUUGCUGCCUUUCAUAAGGUGCUCGUUCUUGCUGCCCUCCAUGGUACUGGUCAGAGAGCCAAAAGGUGGAACCUGCAUUUUUAAAAGGAAGUGCUCAAAAGCUGGUCCAGUGUUUCUAACAUUGAGUCUACAGGGUACUUGGGGGUCGGGGGGGGGCGGUUCACAAGUUCUAUGACAAUUUUUAAGCUUGGGAUUUUUAAUGAUACAAUUUUAAUAUUUAUUUAUAUUUAUAAUUGCCAAGUUUCUCUUUUGCAGUGAUAUUUCCUAACUGACAGACUUGAGUUUCUUAAAUCAGUGUUUCUCAUACUGGGAUUCCAUGAGUGUUUACCCAGGGGUCUUUGCAUUAUUCAAGUUUGUGGAACACAGAUCUAGUGCUUUCUAGUGUGAUAUUGACCCAAGUUUGUUCAAUAGCACCUUGCCUUCCCAACUUGAGAGCAGACCUGGGUUCUGACCCAGCCCUAUGUCCUAAGAGAUGUCCCAGAAGGUCCACUUUAUCCCGGGGUGGUGGGCUGGCAGCUCAAGGUUGCUUCAUUUUUAGGUGCAAGGGAUGAAGACUGAAGCCCUUGGGCUCCGUAUCUCUGGCAUUUCCUUAGACCACAUGCUGUGCAGGUAAUACAUGAAGGUUCUCACCUACACACCAGGUUGCUCCCUUGGAAGGGGGAUUUUGCUGGAACCAGUGAUAGUGAUAGUGGAAAGUACAAGAGCUUGGGAAACAGACGCGCCUGAGUUCAAAUCCUACCUUCCCACCCCAACUCCCCAGACAUGUGGCUUUGGGAAAAUAAUUGAUAUAUCCCGUGCCUCAGUUUCCUCAUCUGAAACAUGGAGCUAGUAACAAGUCACACAGUGGUUGGUACACAAUUAUGGGAGGCUUCGGUUGCAUAACCAAGGCACUGAGUUUCUCUCCUUCAGUUGACAUCAAGAGCGCUUGUGCUCAUCGGGCCCUCGGGAUAACAAAUGAAUUAAUUCCUGGUCUAACAUCUAUCAUAGACUCAAGCCGUUGGGAAAACUGCUCAGUUGUUCCUAGCAGUGCAGAGGAGGGUCCCCCGGCGCAUGCGCACUCUGUGCGGUCUUCUCCCGGCGAGAGCAGCAACAGCGGUGGCGGCGGCGGUGACGGCGGCGGAGGCGGCUGCGGCGUUAGAGUGGAGGAAGAUGGCGGCUUGGAGCAGCUCGGUGUCCCGCCAGCUGUGAGGAAUCCCGAGUGCGGCAAGCGCGGCCUGGGGCGGAGCGCCUCUGCUCAGGUCCUAUCCCCGGCUCCCUCACCUUCUUCGCCAGCGGAGCGUACCCGAGAGUGUGGCGCUGGCUGGGCCAGAGAAUUUCAAUGUACAAGAAUAAAAGAAGUUGAAUGUUUCUGCAUACCUGUUUGUCUGUUUGGUUCAUCUUCGUGUACUUUCCAUUUAACAUUUCUCCUGUCUGAAGUUUUGAUUAUGGUUUGCAGCUUAAAAGAAGUAACAGGGAAGUACAUAACUCCUCACAAACUAGCUGUCAAGUGGAAUGUCAUGGCCAGCUCCUCGGACAGUGAAGAUGAUAGUUUCAUGGCUGUGGACCAAGAAGAAACUGUGCUGGAAGGGACAAUGGAGCAAGAUGAGGAGCCCCACCCAGUAUUGGAGGUUGAGGAGACUAGACAUAAUAGGUCCAUGUCUGAGCUGCCAGAAGAGGUUUUGGAGUAUAUCCUGUCCUUUCUUUCACCAUACCAAGAACACAAAACUGCAGCCCUUGUCUGCAAACAGUGGUACCGACUUAUUAAAGGUGUAGCCCACCAGUGUUAUCAUGGUUUCAUAAAGGCUGUCCAGGAAGGAAACAUUCAGUGGGAGAGUCGGACUUACCCUUAUCCUGGAACCCCAAUCACUCAGCGGUUCUCACACAGUGCGUGCUAUUAUGAUGCUAAUCAGUCUAUGUAUGUGUUUGGAGGCUGUACUCAGAGCAGCUGCAAUGCUGCCUUCAAUGACCUCUGGAGACUUGACCUAAAUAGCAAAGAGUGGAUCCGACCUUUGGCUUCAGGUAAUAGAGAAAAUGCUGAUCUUUGUUUCCUUAUCAGGUAACUCCCUUUGUGUGGAAACUCUACCUGAUCCUUUAGGUGUUGGUCUCAAGAACAGAGUACUGGGGCCCCAGAUCCUUUGUCAAAUCUGCUUGUAAAUGCUAAGAGUAA